GUCUUCGACGAGGCCGAGCACAUGCACUGCGAGAUCCUGGACGCACUGCUGCAGCUCGUGGCGUCCAAGCAGUCCAACGAGUACCUGAACGCCGUCUACCUGCUGCUGAGCAACCUGGGUCACGCGCGCGUCACCAAGCACAUGCUGCACAACUCCUCCAGCAUUUCCACGAGCAACCUGGUGAAAGAGCUGACUCCGAUAUUACGCAACUCUCUGGAGAAGCUUCACCCGCUGUGGACGGAGGCGGACGUCUUACCUCUGGGCCUUUUGGAGAAAAGUCACGUGAUGGAGUGCUUCCUGGAUGAAAUGACCCGAGAGGGGUUCUACCCGGAUCAUACCAACAUGGAGCGCCUGGCGGGGGAGGUUGGAUAUUACCCUGAGGUCGGGGGGCACGAAUACUCCAAGACGGGCUGCAAGCAAGUGGUGGCUAAGAUGACCACAACAACUGAGCAAAGGACAUGAGAUGUGGUUAAAGCUCCAGAAAAGGCGAGUAAGUGGAGAUAAAACUAUACACGUCAAAUAAUUAGGGCUGUACCGAAUAGUUAAGAGCUUUAUUUAUAACGUUCUGAAUCAACGUUUGAAUGCUGCACAGUGGCAGAUAAAGAUCAGGCUACACUAAUAUCUUAGUGUUAUUCUUUGGGUAGAAUCAGAUUCCAGUGGUGGCCGCUAAGGAUUUUUACGUUGCUAACAAAAAAUCAGCACCAGCUACCAGUCAAAUGCUAAAAUAUGCAAGUGGCUGCUAGAAAAAAGCUAAUUUAUUGUGUGACUGGUAGAUUUUGGAGCCAGAGUACAGUAGCAUGUGGACAAAAAAAGUUCAUUUCUAAUCUUACUGUCAGGUCCAAAAAGUCAAAAUCUAUUGAAAAAAGAGAUGUAAUCAUUUAAAAAAUGUUCACAUCUAACGGAAUAUCUCUAAUAUCUAUAUUUGUUGGCGUUUAGCCUUUUAAAAACAAAACUGUACUUGCAAUCAAAAAACUGUCUGUUAUAUUUAUUCAAGAAAGUUGAUUUAAUAAAAACAGACUAACUCCAAUAAGCCAAUAAAUAAUUGUAUUUAAUAUUUAUUCAAACUGAUGAUUUUGUGUAUUCUUUUUAGCUUUUCAAAUGUAAGCGCUGUCAAACGUUCAGCCCAAAGUCAACGUACUUGUUCUACCUUGUUAUGUGGAUGAGGAAAAAGGACAACAACUUGUAUGAGACAAGAUUUUUAAUUUCUUUUUUUUAUUAUUUGAAUUCCCUUAGUUGACAUUGGAAACAAAACGAGGUACUGUGUCUAAGUGACAAAGAAAGAUGAGCCGUAGACUCAUAAUGUCACAAUUAGAUGGAGAGAAAAAACACAAAAAUAUCAGAAACAAAUAGGAGAGUCAUGUGGGAGACAGCGACCCGCUUCCAUAGUCCUAUGAAAGCGCUUUGAUCGGAGUCACUCGGAGGUCAAUAAACUGUUGUAUGUACAGAUCUGAGGAGUGAAGGUUGUUUUUAUUGAGAAGAGAAGAGAGCAGCGACGGCAACGAGAGGAAACAGCAGACGCAAAAACAUCUCUAUCCUCACGGUCCUUUGUGACGACAGAUGAAAACAAUAGUGUAGAAAUGCAAACUAACUACAUGAGAAGAUUCCACGACAUUGAUCUCACCUACCGGUAAAGACAAAGGAUCAAAGAGAGGAGCAUCUGAGCAGACCUUCAUCGUUUGUAAAAUGUCCUUCAUUCACCAACUCGGCCUCAAUAUUUCAGUCAUAUGUUCAUGAAAUGUGUGAAACAUUUAAACGGAUUAAAUAGUAACAAGUGCUCCAAACG